CUUACCGCAGUCCUCGAAGAUGACGGACGCGCGGGCUUUUAUGAAGGCUAGCACCACGCACAGCACAAAUAACAACAUUUGUAUUGGUUUACAAUGCACAAUUUCACCUGUUACACUUGAACUUGUGAAAUUUGAUAAUGUUUUCUAAUUCAGUUCGACCUGCGAGUGGAUUUAAAACUGCCAAACCGAUUUUUUUAAUUUUGAGGUUACGACACAAGCUAAAACAACCAGCCGAAAAACCUGCGAUCAAAGCUGCAGCAGAUGUAGUUAAAUAUUUAGAAAGUAUUCCAGAAUAUGAAGAAAUAAAAGACAAAUUGCCUAAAUCCCUCUUAAGAAAAUAUAAGGCGCCUGAGAGUAUGUAUUUAAUAAAUAGACAAACAGCGAAAGAAAUUGCAAAUGCUGUUCAAAAUCAUUUGGACGAUUCUCCGGUUGUUGAGGUGAAUCCAGGCCUUGGAUUCUUGAGUGAGGAGCUACUGAAACGACACAAGAGUCAUCACUAUAUAUAUGAAACUUCUAGUCACUUUACACCUUUCUUGGAAAAAUUAAAAAAUGAAUAUCCAGACAGAGUUUCUUACAAAAUAGCAGACUUCUUUGAAAUGUGGAAGCUGGCAUUCCAAGAUAAGAUGGACGAAGGAAAUAGGAUUAAGGAAUUAUUAGGUGACCUUUCGACUGAAGAUAAUGAUAGAAUAGUGAAGAUAAUCGGGUCCAUGCCACGGCUGUCAUUCAUGAAACACUUGAUCAACACUAUAGUGUUUCACAAUUCAGACAGUCAGCUGGGCAGGCCAGAUCUCUUUAUCACUAUGCCAGGACACCAGUUUGAUUUUCUUACAGACAGCGACAUUCAACUGAGCAAAUACAAGUCUGUGCCAGCUUUGUUCCAAGUUCUCUUCGACUACAAGAUUAUCAGGACAGUACCCAUAGUCCACUUCCUGCCUUGGACACAUCCACCGACGGGAAAAAACGUUUCAUUGACAGACAACUACCACCUGUUCCUAGUGAACAUAACACAGAAGGCGAAGCUGCCGUGCCCGCCGGACUACCUGCCGCUGCUGUGGUACUUCUUCAAACCCCACGUGUUCUCCAGGUCUACUAGAGUCAUACCGAUGUUGGAACAGUGGAUCCCCGGGUGCGGCGUGUGGCUGAUCACAGGGCAGGACCCUCCCGACACGAGGCCGGACCUCGCUCCCGGCCCUGACGACGCUGCUCUGCCACACAUGACCAUCUUCACAGAGUUUGGAGACCUCAACCUCAAGCAGAAGAUUACUGUCUUCAAAAAAUUCAUAUCUUGGCCAGAGUUCGAGCAAUGUCAGUUCAGGGUAACGAUGGAAAAUAAUUUGCCCAAGUCUGUCUCCCACCUCGACGACGACGACGGCAAGGACGUCAUCCCCGCUCACAUCGAGCACUUGGACCACUCAGACUCCGAAAGCGAAUCAUGAUAUUAACAAAAUAAUAAAACAAUAUUUCUAUAAGAUUAUAA